AUGCACAAGGGUCCUCAUGCUCCAACUCAUGCUUUGUGGGCUCAUGCUCAAAUGCAUGAAGUACUAGAAGCUAUUGCUGAAAGUGCAUUUAAGACGUCCGACUACCCUGUUUUACUGUCAUUUGAGAAUCAUUGCUCCCCCAAGCAACAAGCAAAAAUGGCGAUGUAUUGCACAAAAAUAUUUGGAGAUAUGUUAUUGUCAGAACCCUUACCUUCACAUCCUCUUAAGCCAGAAGAGCCAUUGCCAUCACCUAAUCAACUGCUAAGAAAAAUUCUUAUCAAAAACAAAAAGAAGCAUUAUCCAAAAAGUGUAUCAUCAUCAAAGUCUUAUACUAUGCCUGAAAAAGAGGAUGAGUCUUCAACUCAACCUCUGCCAACUCCUGAAAAAGUGAGACUUACUCCAGCCAUCAGUGAUGAUGAGAAACUUAGUUCCUCAUUGAAAGAAAGUUCUUUAACUAAUGGUACCAUAGAAUUAGAAAAGGUGCCAUCAGAAAUGGAAGAUUCUAGCUCUGAUUCUGGAUCAGAUGAAGAAGAAGAACAAAUUGAUGCAGAGCAGCAAGUGGUUGACCAAAAUGAAGGAACAGCUGCCAAAGAGUCGGAAGCUGGGGCUGAAAUGUCUGCACUUGUACAUUAUGCUCAGCCUGUGAGGUUUCACUCUUUUGAAUAUGCUGAAAAGAGAAAUCGGAGCUAUGAAAUUUCCUCUUUUGUUGAAACCCAAGCAACAAAUUUGCUUAAGGAACAUCCUGUAGAGUUUGUGAACUAUAAUAAACGUCAAUUGAGUCGAAUUUAUCCAAAAGGUACACGAGUGGAUUCAAGUAAUUAUAUGCCUCAGGUAUUUUGGAAUGCUGGAUGCCAAUUAAUUGCCUUAAAUUUUCAAACUUUAGAUCUUGGCAUGCAGCUUAACCUGGGAAUUUUCGAGUAUAAUGGAAUGAGUGGAUAUCUUUUAAAACCUAAUUUUAUGCGUAGAAAGGACCGAAAAUUUGAUCCUUUCACGGAAUCAACAGUAGAUGGAAUCAUAGCUGGUACUGUUACUGUAAAGAUUAUUUCUGGUCAGUUGUUGUCAGAUAAAAGAGUUGGUACAUAUGUAGAGGUGGAUAUGUAUGGUUUACCUGCAGACACUGUCAGGAGAAAGUUUCGAACAAAAACAGUUCCAAAUAAUGGAAUUAAUCCUAUGUAUGAAGAUGAUCCAUUUGUUUUUAAAAAGGUAGUUUUACCUGAUCUUGCUUGUUUACGAAUUGCUGUAUAUGAAGAUAAUGGAAGAUUUAUUGGGCAUCGUGUUUUGCCUGUAGUGGGGCUAAGGCCUGGGUACCGUCAUAUAUCUCUGAGAAAUGAGUCCGGUCAGCCUCUUCAAUUCCACACAUUGUUUGUUCGAAUAACUGUUACAGAUUACAUUCCUGAUAAUAUGUCUGAAUUAGCUGAUGCUUUAGCAAAUCCAAUAGCUUAUCAGUCCCUGUUUGAAAAACACAAUGAUCAGUUGAAAGCCUUAACAGAUGAUGUUGAAAAUCUCGAUAUAAGAGAGUCCAAUAAAUCACCUGCUAAAGGAAGCAUUGGGUCCUCUGAUAUUGCAAAGCCAUCUGUUAGUAAAGACAAAACAGACAGUAGUGCACCAUCAGUCAGGUGUAAUGCAGUGAAUGGAAAUGUUCAACGAAUGACACAGUCUGGCAGUACUUCUCCAGCUACUAUUCCUGCUCUAAAAAGACAGGAAACUCUUCGAAGAGGUUUGGCUCAAUCUGUUCGAAGCUUAUCAGAUGAAAAUGCUCAAGAGAAAAUUCCCUCCUUACUUGAAUCAGAAGAAGCAAAUGUUUCGGCAGAAUCCUUAGAAAAAAUAAAAGAGCAAAAAGCAGUCCAAAAAGUUUUAACUAAAUUAGAGAAAGACCUCCAGGCUCUUAGAAAGAAGCAUGAAAAAUUGAAAGAAAAGGAAAAAGACUUGCUGAUUCAAAAAGAAGAUAAACUUGCCAAAGCACAAGAACACCAAAAGAUCCACUUAGGAAAAACACAUUCAAAACUGGCAAAGAAAAGUUCUGCUUUAGAUGUACAGUCAUUAAAGAAGAAAAGUGAUGCUGGAUUGAUGGCUGUUAGUACUGAUCAUCAAGCUAAGUUAGAUGAGUUACAGAGGAUACACACUCAAACACUAAUUGGUCUCACAAAAGAUUUGUAUAAAGCUGAACUGGAGUUGUACGAUCGUUAUCAAGAGCCAUUGUUUACUGCCAUAGAGAAGUCUAUGUUGCUAUCUCAAGCUGCUCAAAUGGACUAUUUGAAAAGUUUGCAUGAUAGAGAGGUAACUGAAUUGAUGAAAAGGUUAGAGCUUCAAAAUAAGGAAGAAAUGAAGGAACUAAGCAAAAAGCAUAAGGACAAAAAUGAACUUGCCAGAAUGAAAAGGGAGUCACAUCAGAAAUUAAUAGAUCAAGCUGUAGCUGAAAGGCAACGAUUUAGUAGCCUAUUGGACAAAAGAAAAAGUGAACUUGAAAGACAACAUAGUGAGGUUAGAAAGCUGUUUGAAGAAGAAAAAAGUUCUUCUUAUGAAAAACUACAGAAAGAAUUUCAGGCACGAAUAUCCAAAUUAUUAGAGUCCGGUGAAAUGAUGGAUUCAGCAUCAGAAACAGUUGAAAGAACGCCUUUAUGAAAAUUCUUGAAAGGCAGUGGAGAAGCCAGAAUUAAUUGAAGAAAGCUCCCUGCCUUGUGGUAUUGCCACAUUUUGUAUGACGCAAUCCAUCCGCCAAUGCCAGAGGUCCACUGGAAAUGUGUGAUUUGGCCAACAGAUUUAUAUAGCACAGAACCAGGUGACCAGCACAACCACCGCAAUGUAAUAUAGUACUGUACUCAUGUUCUUGGCACAGCACACAGUAUUGGUGUUCUAUUAAAGGUUGUGGUUUUUAACGAAGUUCCAUUUUUUCUAAUGCCUCUUUUAUAAACUGCUGAUUCAAGGGUGGUCAGUUACUUGUAACUAAAACGAAAGAGUAACU